AUUAACAAUAAGCAAAAAUGGAUGUUGAAUACGAUGUUAUUGUCUUGGGCACCGGUUUAACCGAAUGCAUCUUGUCUGGUCUUUUAUCUGUUGAUGGAAAGAAGGUACUUCAUAUGGACCGCAAUGACUAUUAUGGUGCUGAAUCAGCAUCAUUGAACUUGACUCAAUUUUACAGUAAAUUUAGACCUGGGGAAAGUGUGCCAGACCAUCUCGGUCGUGAUCGUGAUUGGAACAUUGACUUGAUUCCUAAAUUUAUGAUGGCCAAUGGUGAAAUCGUUCGUUUCUUGACUCAUACAGAUGUUACUCGCUACUUGGAAUUCAAGCAAAUCGCGGGUUCUUAUGUUUACAGUGGCAAGAAGGUUAGCAAGGUUCCUGCUAACGCCAGUGAAGCUCUUUCUUCUCCUCUUAUGGGCAUUCUUGAAAAGCGUCGUAUGAGAAGCUUUAUGCUCUGGGUUGAGGCUUACAAGGAUGAAGACCCCAAGACUCACCAAAACAUCGAUAUCAACACAAUGACCAUGACUGACGUGUAUAACAAGUUUGGCUUGGCAAAGGGUACUCAAGAAUUCAUUGGUCAUGCUAUGGCUCUUCAUCUUGACGACACUUACCUCACGAAUCCUGCACGUGAUACAGUUGAAAGGGUUAGACUGUAUGCUGCUUCUGUGCUUCGAUAUGGCAAGAGUCCUUAUAUUUAUCCCCUGUAUGGUCUUGGUGAUCUGCCUCAAGCAUUUGCAAGACUCUCAGCUGUCUACGGUGGUACAUAUAUGCUGGACAAGGAUGUUAAAGAAUUGGUUUAUAAUGAAAAUGGACAAGUCGUUGGUGUAAAGGCUGGCGAUGAAGUUGUUCAUGCUAAAAUGGUCAUUUGUGACCCUUCCUAUGCACCUUCUAAAGUCAGAAAGGUUGGAUCUGUCGUUAGAGCCAUCUGUCUUUUGACUCAUCCUAUUCCAAAUACCAAUGACAGUGACUCUUGCCAGAUUGUUAUUCCUCAAAACCAAAUUGGACGUAAACACGAUAUCUAUGUUGCUUGUGUUAGUGAUGCUCAUAUGGUCUGUCCAAAGGGUUACUACUUGGCUAUUGUAUCCACCAUUGUGGAAACAAACAAUCCUGCUGAAGAAAUCAACGAAGGCUUAAAGUUAUUAGGACCUAUUCAAGACAAGUUUGUUCAUGUAUCUCCUUUGGAAGAACCCAUUGAAGAUGGCACCAAGGAUAACGUCUAUAUCUCACGCUCUUAUGAUGCUACUUCACACUUUGAGACAGUCUGUGAUGACGUUCAUGAUAUCUGGCGUCGUAUUACUGGUGGUCCUUUAGUCUUGAAGAAGAGAGAAGCUGAUGAUGUUAAUGCUGCUUAAAUAAACGUGUGACUUUUAUCUUGAA